UGGGCCUUGUUCCGAGCACGGCCCAUAGCUCUCAGACAUUCGCGGAAUGUGGUUGGGGCUUGAAGACAUUUUCCGGCCGUACGGAGGCCACACCCAGCGCCGCUGCAGUUUGCACGGGAUUCCUGGCGAACAGCUGUGGAGAUGCCGAGACAAUUCCCAAAGGCCUCCCAGACGGAGGAGGAUAAGCACGUGCGGAUUAUAGCGGAAAAGGUGUUUGCUUCUGCUCUGCGGGAGGAGGAUACUAAAGAUGCGCUGUCCCUGUUUGACAUCGCUGAGGACUGUCCAAUCGGGAAGCAGGAGGCGAAGGAGAGGGAGCUGCAGAGGGAGAUUGCCGAGCAACAGUCAGAGACGUCGGCUAAAAGGAAGAAGAGUUUCCGGCUGAUCCGAUCGCAUUCCUUGUCGCUGCAGAUCCCUGCCUGUGAUGGAGCGCUCACAAUGCCUUCUCCAGCCAUGACUCCUCAGACACCCAGUCAGAAUCUGCCCUUCUUUGGGAUACAGUUACCCUAUGAAGUGCCUGAGUUUCAACGAGUGACCAUUAGUGGAGACUACUGCGCUGGGAUUACUGUCGAAGACUAUGAACAUGCUGCCCGAGGGCUGAUAAAAGCUUUAUUCAUUCGAGAGAAAUAUAUGCGCCUGGCCUACCAAAUGUUCCCCCGUAUAACGAGGCAGUACAUGCGGACGAUCAAGGACGAUCAGUGGCCUGAGGAAGACGAAGUGAUGCCCGACUUCUGCUCUGCCCCCAGAGGUGGCGAGGAUCCCUAUGAUCUGAGCAGUGCACCAGAGAACUUGGAGUAUGUGGCAAAGAUGAAGGAAGGUGUGAUAUUUGUUUAUGAGAAUAAGGAGAUGAUGGAACAGGAUGAACCCAAAGGUCUCCCCUACCCUGACCUCGAGACCUUCACCCUGGACCUCAGUCACAUCCUCGCCCUCAUUGCUGAUGGCCCCACGAAGACCUACUGCCACCGGAGGCUGAACUUCCUGGGCUCCAAGUUCUACCUACACGAGAUGCUGAACGAGAUGGCGGAGCUGAGGGAACUGAAGGGGGUGCCACACCGCGACUUCUACAACGUCCGCAAGGUGGACACCCACAUCCACGCGGCUGCAUGCAUGAGUCAGAAACACCUGCUCAGGUUUAUCCAGCAGACCAACAAGAAGGAGGCAGACAGGGUGGUCCUGGAGAGGAAGGGUCACAAGCUGACCCUCCGCCAGCUGUUUGCCAGCCUCAACAUGGAUCCCUACGACCUCACUGUCGAUUCGCUAGACGUGCAUGCGGGUCGUCAAACUUUUCACCGAUUUGACAAAUUUAAUGCAAAAUACAACCCGGUGGGUGCCAGUGAGCUGCGGGAUCUCUACCUGAAGACAGACAACUACAUCCAGGGAGAGUACUUUGCCUGCAUCAUCAAGGAAGUCUCCCGGGAUCUGGAGGAGAACAAAUAUCAGUACACCGAGCCUCGGCUCUCGAUCUAUGGAAGGUCAGCGAGCGAGUGGAGUAGCCUGGCCAAGUGGUUCAUUAAACACCAAGUCUACUCGCCCUAUGUCCGCUGGAUUAUACAGGUUCCACGCAUUUACGACAUCUUUCGAAGUAAAAAGCUCCUGCCAAGUUUUGGGAAAAUGUUGGAGAAUAUUUUCCUGCCUCUGUUUGAAGCGACAAUCAAUCCGAGGGAAAACCGGGAGCUGCACCUCUUCCUGAAAUACGUGACCGGGUUUGAUAGUGUGGACGACGAAUCCAAGCACAGUGCUCAUAUGUUCUCCACGAAGAGCCCGAGCCCUGAGGAAUGGAGCCGAGAGCAGAAUCCCCCCUACAGCUACUACCUCUAUUACAUGUACGCCAACAUCAUGGUCCUCAACAACCUGCGCAAGGAGCGAGGACUCAGUACCUUCCAAUUUCGGCCCCACUGUGGAGAGGCUGGCUCCAUCACACACCUUGUCUCCGCCUUCCUCACAGCUGACAACAUUUCCCAUGGACUCAACCUGAAGAAGAGUCCCGUUCUUCAGUACCUGUACUAUCUCACUCAGAUCCCCAUUGCAAUGUCCCCCCUGAGCAACAACAGCCUUUUCCUGGAGUACUCCAAGAACCCAAUGCGGGAGUUCCUCCACAAAGGCCUCAAGGUGUCGCUGUCCACUGAUGACCCAAUGCAGUUCCAUUAUACCAAGGAGGCUCUGAUGGAAGAGUAUGCAAUAGCUGCACAAGUCUGGAAGCUCAGCACGUGCGACCUGUGUGAGAUUGCGAGGAACAGUGUGCUCCAGAGUGGCUUAUCCCAUAAGGAGAAGCAACACUUUCUCGGAGUGAACUACCUGAAAGAAGGGCCCGAGGGGAACGACAUCCGCAAGACCAACGUGGCUCAAAUCCGCAUGGCUUUCCGAUACGAGACCCUGUGCAACGAGCUUUCCUUCCUGGUGGAUGUGGUGAAAUCACCAGAUGUGAGUGGGUCACUGGAUUAGCGGUGGCCAACACCUCCAGCCAGGCCAGAGGUGGAGACGCACAACCUCAUAGUAAUCCUAACUGAAACUACACUGGGAGAUAAGGCUGGGUGAGACCCAGAGACACAAAGUGGCCAUCUCACCAGCUAAAAACCAAAUUAGUGCAUGUAAUUCACUAUUAUAAUAUUCAUUGCCUGAUGCUUUAGAUAUUAACUUAAAGUAACCUCAGUGCAAACAGGAUGUAUAUAAGGGAGUGUAUAAAGUGUACAGCACACCAUUGAAACUAAACUGGAAAGAUUUGAUUUCUACAGUCAACCAGAAAUAAAAGGCCGAUUCAGCUGAA